AAGUCAGGAAAACACAUCUGCCCACGCAUGACGCUGUUCCCGUCUUCCUGCAUGUGUUUGUGAAGCAGUUACGGUGGACGUUAGCGGGGCAGCGGUUCGCCGGAGCGCUGCUCAAGUUGUUGCCGCCACUUGGCCGCUGUUGUGGGCGGCGUAGCAGCGUUACAAUGCCGGGACGCUUCACUGCGAUGGAGAACAUCUACUGACCGGAUUUGGGAUUGUUUUUUUUUUCUUCUUGGAUUUCUUUCUAUUGAAUCGACUCGGUUGAUAUUUCUUGCUUCCUCUGGUAGUGUGGAGUAGUAAAUGCUGGUGAAAAUGCCUGGAAAAACCAAGUACAACCUCGUUGAUGAUGGGCAUGAUCUGAGGAUCCCGUUGCACAACGAGGAAGCAUUCCAGCAUGGGAUCAACUUCGAGGCAAAGUAUAUCGGCAGUCUGGACGUGACGCGGCCAAGCAGCCGAGUUGAGAUUGUGGCUGCGAUGAGAAGAAUACGGUAUGAGUUCAAGGUGAAAAACAUCAAGAAGAAAAAAGUCCACAUCGUGGUGUCUGUAGAUGGCGUGAAGGUCACCUUGAGGAAAAAGAAAAAAAAGAAGGAGUGGACAUGGGAUGAGAGCAAGAUGAUGGUGAUGCAGGAUCCCAUUUACAGGAUAUUCUAUGUGUCUCAUGACUCCCAAGAUCUGAAGAUCUUCAGCUACAUCGCCAGAGAUGGACAGAGCAAUGUCUUUCGCUGUAAUGUCUUCAAGUCCAAAAAAAAGAGUCAGGCCAUGCGCAUCGUUCGGACAGUCGGCCAGGCAUUCGAGGUUUGCCAUAAACUGAGUCUGCAACAUACACAGCAAAACGCAGAUGGACAAGAGGACUGCCACAGUGAAAAGAACGGCAAUGACUCCACCGCAGCUCGAGAGCUAACAGGCCCGGAGAAGACGGAGGUCGUUGCCGAGGAGACUGACAUCGAUGCAGAGGAGGUGAACCAGGUGACAGCUUCAGAGGAGUUAAACCUCAAUAGAGGAGUGACUGAUCUGGAUGCCACGGCCAAAACGCCUGACCUGAACCAUGCAGAAAACAAGGCUUCAGAAGAGGCUUCUCUGCUGCUGUCCAGCCCGAGGAUGCUGCUCCCAGCAUCAGGCACGCUGCCACCCGGUGCCCCCUUGUCUGUCCACCACCAGAUCCAGCUACUCCAGCAGCAGCUCCAGCAGCAACAGCAGCAAACACAAGUGGCUGUGGCACAGGUCCAUCUCCUAAAGGACCAGCUGAGUGCCGAGGCCACGGCUCGACUGGAGGCGCAGGCUCGAGUCCAUCAGCUGCUGCUGCAAAACAAAGACCUGCUGCAGCACAUCUCCCUGCUGGUUAAGCAGAUCCAGGAGCUGGAGACCAAGAUGUCUGGACCAAAUUCCAUGGGCUCCCAGGACAGUUUGUUGGAGAUCACUUUCCGUUCCACGGUACCUCCAGUCAUCUGUGACCCCACAACACCUAAACCUGAUGUGUCAGCCCUCAACCUGACCACACUGGGCACUAGCGAUGGGACCAGCAAUGCCUUUUCAUCCACCAACGGGACUCUGGGAAGCCCACUAGUUGAUCAAAGUAUGUUUGAGAACUCCAUUGCCCAGCGGCAGAGUCCUCAGACCUCCAGGCCGGGUCAGCCAUCGGCCCGACGCUCCACAGCAUCAGCUAAUUCCAACCUGGGGUCUGGCUGCGUCGACUCUCCAUCCUCCGGAGGACAGCAAAGGCUGAAAAAUGCCAUUAACCUGGGCAAGGCAGUCGGGGCAAAGGUCAAUGACUUGUUAAGAAGGAAAGAGCCCAGCCACCUCGGGGACAUCGGGGUCACUGAGGUCAACAAGAAUGUUGGUGCCGUGUGGAGCUGCAUGGACCAACUCAACCAGACUGCUGCCAACAGUCACAUCUCCUCCUUUGACUCCUUCCCUCGGCUGGACCCUCCACCCCCAUCAGGAAAGAAGCGCCUCCCUCGAGCGCUGAAGACGACCCAGGACAUGAUGAUCUCCUCUGACCCCGUGGUCUCCUCCCCGGAUGCUGCUGACUCUUCCUCCUUCCUCUCCUCCCCCGACAAGACGCCUCUCAUCGCUAAGGAAGAGACGAGGAAUGACGAGGAGCAGCAGCAGGGUGAAAAGGAUGAAGAAAGGCCAACAGAUGUCCCACAGUCACUGGGCCCAGCAGAGAAAAAAGAGGAUUCAGAGUCAGCUGGGACAAACGGCAAGGUGGAUACGGUGAUCGGUGAAGAAGAGGAUGAUGCUGAGGAUGGGAGCCCUGAAGGAGGUGUGGAGGAGCAUCGACACCAGCUGCAGCUCUCUGUACCAGACCUCAUCCACAAAGAUCCCCCACUGGAGUCUAGAGCCAAAACCUGCGACAUCUGGCAGAAGGCGCCGGGACCAGACUCCCGGCUGGCCUCCACUCCCUGCUCGGGUAAAACUGCCUGCCGCAUCAGCCUGGGGGAGGAGGUCCUGCUGGGGAACGGCGCCCCCUGCAGUAAAGGCACCGGAGUGAGUGCCGAAGACGCAGAGCCUCAUCCGGACCUGCUGUCUUUUGAGUAACGCACAAAGCUGGUGCCAAAUACCACUUGAGUAAGAAUAAAACAGCCUGGAACUUAUUUCUAUUCAUAUCUACCCCUGAAAUGUCUGUGGAUAUAAUUCAAACAGACUGCAAUAAGUACUGCGGAUCAAAUAUUCACUGCCACUUUUUAAUGUGCAACUCCCCCCGCUCCAGGCUUCACUGUAGGAAAAGGGAACAAGUACUUCCAGGAACAUGGACAUGGGCCAGAUCUGUUGCUUUUUAAGAUUUUAUAGCUUUUUAGAUGAAUAGGUUAGUUUAAAGGUCAUGGUCGUAAAAUCUGGCCUUCUAACAGGACUGAUGUGAGGUCAGUCACACACUACAAGUAUCUGCGUAAUGAAUGAAAGCAAAUCUGAGCAGCAUUAGACGAUGGAUGAGUCGUAACAGAAAAAUGAGCUGAACUUUCAGGUUCGUUUUAGUCUAGUUUAUGUUCAAGUUAAAAUUGUAACAAAAAAAAAAAAUCAAACUGUAAAAGAUUCACUGUGUAUUUCUUAUGUUUCAGUUCUUUCAAUUGAUGUAUAACAUGUGAUGUGCUUUAGAAACGUAAUGACAACCUGAUUAUGUAACAAUGAAUGUAAUUACUGUGAUAAAAUAUCCUUUAAAUGGGCUAAAAAUGUCAAAUCUGGUACAAAAAUGAAAAAAAACUAAAUGUUUCAGAUGUUUUUUUCCCUGGAAGUAUAAACAAUGAUUACUUCAAAUCUUCAUCAGUAUUACGUUAUUAUAUUAGCAUAUACCAUGACAUUUUUGGUCCAUUUACAGGUUGCUUUGUUACAUGCUUGUUAUAAAUCAUACAAAAGCUGCUGCAAUUAAGCCAAUUAGAAACGGAAACUAAUAUAAGUUAUAAAGAAAUAUCAUUUACAUUUAACAUAUUUAGAUUAAGUGUUGCUGUAAGAUUUUCAUCUGUGUGAUGGUAUUUCCAGCAGGGAAAUGUCUUGAAAGCUGAUUGCAUGCUCAGGAGGAGUCGAAGGAAGUGAGUGAGAAAGACUGAGCGAAUGUGAAAGUGUUACGAGAUGGAGAAAUUUAGAAGAAAGUCACUUUUCAGUUCAGUCAGUAUUAAAUAUCAAGGACUGGAAGCCCUUUGACUCUGAGCUUCCACCAUAACAGAUCAUUUCUGACCCUUGUUUUGUCCAGUAUAACUUGGAGCUGUCCUGCAGUGUAAGCUUGUUCCCUCCUACAUCGGCCUCUGGCUCAGACUGUGACCCUGAAAAUACCCCUUUUUAGAUGUGGAAACCUCAGAAAGUUACAAUAGUGAUCAGUAACACAAAUAAUCAUAACAAUCUUUUCUUCUUUUUUUUUUUAUCUGAGUUGCAUUUAUUUAUAUUUAAUACAAAAAAAUGCUAAACUUUUUUUUAGCUAGGUUCAGAUUUUUUUGUCCUUCUGGGAUUCCAUAAACAGCAUUUACAACCAUUUUUGGGUUUUUUAUGUUUCUAACCAUAUUGGGAACCAGAAGUCUUUGUUGUUGAACAGUUUCCACUGGCAGCAAAAGCAGACCAACAUUUUGAAUGUGAAGACAUAAAAUCCACAUAAAAAGGCAGUUAAAAAAAAUUUAAUUCAAAAUUAAUUCAUUAGUGGGUCUGGAACCAGGCCUUUAAAGUAAACAUAAAGAUAACGGAUGAAAAUGGCUUCAAGUUGUUGCCUGCUGACAAACAUUAUCUUUUUGCACUGGCUGAACUGAAAGUGAGGUCUGAUAACCCCUAAACCCUGACAGAGAGUCAGGACAGACAGACAGAUGGGUAGAUGGGCAGCGUUUGGAGGGCGGGCUGCUGGAAAGUUGUUUUUGAGCUAAAGAGAGGCAAGAUAAUGAGCUGUCAACAAAGAGAGAUGAGAGAGGUGGAUUUUAUUGGAGCAGAUCAUUAAGUGGCAGACCAAAGACAGAAAUUAACUGCUCAGUCAGACAGGUUGUUUUUGUCGCUUUGUUUUUAGUGAGCUGUCUGAGUAAAAAGAGAAGCAAUAAUUCAUACAGAAGAGAUUUUCUCUUUGUUAAUUUCACUUUAUCUAACAAUGCAAAAUUGAAAACCAAAGUCAGAGCAGUUAACAUAUUUAAGUACAAAUUGUGUCCUUGUUUAAAAUCCUUAGAUGUUUCUGACCCAUGAGAGACUCAGGUGUGUUCAGCUGGUUAAAGGUGAGCUGACUUAAGAUCUUCACCACAUUAAAGUGUGUCAGUGUAGGAGGAACAGGUCCAAGUUGCCAUAGUGAUCUUAGCACAAUCAAAGUGGAAAGCUGUUUUUUUAAGACAUCAUUGUCUAAGCAUCUGCUCUGCAGAUCUGUGCAGCUGGACUAUGGCUGACUUUUGUGGAGAGCACAGACACAGAUCCCAAUCACACAUCCUGAAAAUAACCCAUUUUUCCAAGAAGUCUCGAAGCGGCCUCUGUAAAUGACCUGCUGUCCUUGCGGGGAUUUGCUGACCUUAGAAAAUAGCAAAACGUUCCCAGAAGACACAGGGACGGACUCAGAGGCAGCUGGAGCUGCGGUCAGGUCGUGCCCAGCAGAAUGAGAGGAAUGUGGAGCUGGACUCUGAGAGAAAGGAAGCUUUGUCUCCGUAUGUCUCUCUCUGACUUUGUUUUACAUAUUACCAUCAACUACCACACUACAAGCUGGAAAAACCUGCUGACAUCUUCUAGUUUUAACUAUUUCUAAGUGGCAGAUGUUUUAGCAUAAUCCAGUAAUUUGCGAGUCUAUAUAACACGACUAUCACAAUUUUAAGAAGUGGAUGAACUGACUCUUUAUGAUUGACAGUUCAGGUUAGCAAAAAAUAAAUAAAAAUUGUUAAGAGUUCAUUCUCUUUAUGUCCUUAAAUCUAAAAAAAAAAAAAAAAGGGCUGUACCUUGUAGUCUGUCUGAGUAUUUCAUUGGAGACACAGAGGUUGUUUUGAGGUGAUAAGCCAGUCGUCACUCAGCACAGAGAUUAUUACUACACACCUGGAUGAACCAGGUAUCAGAAGGUCUUGACCUGAUCUAACAAAACCAAACACACACCAUCAGACUGACAGCAGCUGCUUGGAUUCAGUCAGGAGGUAAAAGCAAUAAGACACCGAGACACUCCUCAGAGAAUCUGAAAUGCCUUGUUUCCUAGUUGAAAUUUUGACUUUAUAAACCACUAAAGUAGAUUUUUUUUUUUUUUGUCUUUGUUGAUGAAGGAACAGCUGUGUACAUUUUCUGAAAAUAUUCUCUCUUUUUGCAGUACCUGUGAAUAUGCAAAUUGGUUUUUGCUCUAACAAAUGAAGGAAAGUCAUUUAUUUUGUUACCCAGAAUCUAGUUAUGGCAAUCUGUUUUAUUUAGCUGCCUCCGAAUUUGAUAAAAGAAAAAAAUGAUCUUGCUUUUUUUAUUUUUUGUGUUGUUAAAUCUUGUUUUGUUUCGUCUUUGUGAAGCUGGUCGACAUGAUUUCAGAAAAUUGUGAUGAAUGAAGGAAGCUAAACGCUGCACAUGAAGGCUUUGUGAAAACAAGUGACGGCUAAAGCAAACUGGGACUUUCUAUUGAUUAUACUUCAACUGUUGCAAAUUAAAUGAAUUCUAUCAUUUUUGUAUGAAAGAAAAAAAAUCUACAUGUAUCAGUGAUUUUGCCUUUUAUUUUCCUAAUGUACCUUUUUUUUUUUAAAGUGGGGACGUAAUAAUUCCUGCUGUGACUGUAAUCUUAUAAAGACUUUCCAGACUUAGACUCAAUCA